AUGUCAAUGAGAAUCGCCCCCGCCUCCGGGCACUCCACAACCCACAGCCACCUCACCAGCAAGAACAUCGGCGCCCCCUCCGCCCCGGGCAUCCACGACACACUGCGCGCAGGCGUCGGACCCUCCCUCUCCCAAACGACAUCCACCUCCCCAUCAUCCACACCCGACUCCGCGCACCCGCUCGAGAACCGCCUCAAGAAAUGGGAAGAGACGCAAGCCGCGCUCAAGAUGGAGGGUCUGCGCCGCACGUUCGGAAUCGCUGAGCCGAUCCGUCGCGGUAUGGAGUUGAAGAUUGCGAGGGAGGGAGAGUGGAGACCUGCUGUGCUUGGAGGUGGGUUGGAGAGAGGUGUGCAUGAAGAUAUUUUAAGGGGUAUGGAUAUGGAUAUUACGUGGGAGGAUGUGUUUAAAGGGGAUGAGUUCAGGAGCGUGCCGGGCUUCCAUGAUGAGGUUGAGAGGAAAGUUCGGAUGCAGUAG